GCGAGCUUCUGCGUAGCGAGCUCCAUGGUGUCUUCUUCUACAUCGGAUCAUCCAGCAGGAGCAGCACAGUCUUUUCUUCAGUCGACCGCGAUAUCAAACUCUCUCACCUCAUCUCUCGUAGUGGAGCCACCAGGUAGUUCCAGUACAACUGGAUCCCUCCGGGCACGGAGCUCUGAACAUCAAGCGGAUCAUACGCUGUGGAAAAAUGCGCGUCUGCUCGGCAGGAUAAGCCACGGGUGGACCUCAUCCGCCUCUCACAGCGGAUUCAGCAGCCCAACGGAAGAGAUGCGGAAGAAGUUCCG